AUGAACGACUCCUCUGCAACUCCAAAGGUCUUCCAUACACAUGUUCAUCCAGAUGCUGACAAGGAUUUCCGAGCUAUAGCAGCUUCCAGUGAAUAUCUAAAAGCGCAGAAGAAGCAAUUUCGCAUGCAAUGUACACAGCGUGGCACGACAUUGGAGAAACCUCGGAAAUGCUCAAAGUGUAAGAGCGGUUGGUACUGCUCAGAAGAGUGCCAAAAGAAAGCCUGGCCCACCCACAAACUGUCAUGCCGCAACGUCGAGCGCUCCUCGGGGGCAUUCAAAUUCAUACGAAUGUUUGCUUUAAAUCCAUUGCUCAUGAGGUUCCUCCGAGCUGGUAUCAUCUUCGACUGUGGCCUGCUCGACGAUCCCCGGAUCGGAUUCGACGUGCCGUUUGUGGCACGUGUUGUCAUCACUAUUGAGCCGAGCGACAUCCUCGACUUUAUUGGUUUGUAUCUUGAUCACAAGACCGUUGGGCAGAGGCUUCAGGGGAUGGUGCAAGUCAAUGCCAUCAUUCCGUGCCACCCAAGCACGUUUCCCCUUAUGCCGAAGCGGCUACAAAUUUGGCGUGAGGAGCGAGCAAAGUGUGAUGCAGAUGGUUUCGCCAAUGAUCCUGUUGGACUCCUAGAAUAUGUCGAUGGUACUACCUAUGCAAAGGACUCAUGCCAAAACACAGUAACCAGUGGUUUGUAUACCCCCACUAGCGUCUUUGACUGGGCGAGGAGACGUGAGCCCUUCAUACGUUACACUGCUGUCACGGGCACUCCGUCCAAGCAACCCAUGAAUGCUGUGGCGUGUCUAGAGUAUAUCAACGUGCAUAUUAGGGAGGAUACGCAGAACCAGUUGCGUUUACGGACCGAGAUGACAGAGCAAGACAAGGAAAUUGUCCGCGCUGCAGGUCGCAACGAGGACGCACUUCCGGAUCCCGCUCGCAUACUCAAAGAGAAGAUGCAAAGGGAAUCUGUAUAUACUAAUAUCGUGCAUUUGACACGAUAA